AAUCACAAGUGUAAAAACUGCUGCGAUCUUCCUCGUUAUAUCUGUCAAGGCCACUGUGCCCAUGAUUAAGUUUGCCCCUUAUUUCAAAUCAAGCUCGUCAGCUUAAUCAAAUGAAACCUUCAACCUUCUAAGGGCAAUUGGUGUUAACUAUACCGGGGAGUUGUUCGGAAUAAUUUAUGCUCUAUUUUUGAAAUACUUAUAAGACAAUAAAAUCCCGCAAAGGAAAAGUCGCAUUUGAUUGAUGGCUUGACGGGAGUAACCAUUGUAUAGCAAGAAGUUUUUUUUAUGUUCCUAUGGAUAUCCAAUUUUGAAGGCGAGUAAAAUGUUUUGGAUUUAGACGCUAAGACCUAUAUUCGUGUGAGGUAUUCAUUCACAAAGGCAGCUGGAAAGACAAAGAAUAGACUGAUAUUAACUUCCCUCAAUGCAAAAUGGAGUUCUACAUGUUUGGUUACAAGGAAUACUUUUUAACAUCUGAUCUUACGAUUGCCAUAAUUCUUAUUUUGCUGAGUUGUUAUACGGUGGUUGGAAAUACUAUGGUUUGUAUCGUGUAUCUUAAAGAUCCUGGACGCCAAUUACGAACAGUUUCUAACCACUUUGUGGCGAACCUUUGCGUUGCUGAUAUACUGGUUGGCGUCAUCGUGGAACCAUUGAACGCCUCGUCAAACUGGAACUCAGAGCCGAGGAUUCUGUUCGCGUUUUACAUCACAGCUAUUCUAUCCUGCAUUUGUUCAAUUGUGACCAUUGCAGCUAUGAUGAUUGACAGAUAUAUAGCCGUGAGCCGACCAUUUGAAUACAAGAUUUUAGUCACAAGUCGUAGAGUGAGAAUUGCUCUUCUUUUGAUGUGGCUUUUCUCUCUGCAUUUUUCCUUAAUGCCUGUUCUCGGUUGGACAACUUCCUUCUUCCAAGUUUAUCUUUACGGACUUGGUAUACUUGUUCCUACAGCUAUAAUGCUUCUAUCUUAUUACGGGCUUUUAAGGAUUUUGCGAGAGAAGACGAAGAAUUUACGAAAUUCUAGCGCGCGCGAAGCGACGCAUAGCAAGAAAUCCAUAGCGCGGGAAAAAAGGAUUUCAACAACCGUUUUCAUCAUGUUGUUAGUUUUCUUAAUAGCGUGGUGUCCCUUUGUGACUGUGGACUUUAUUUUGGUCUUUUGUUUGGAAUGCCGUGAUAGUUCGACAAUACGGAUAGCAAGGGAUGUAACAUUGGUACUCGGAUUCUCUUCAUCUGGGGUGAACCCUCUCUUAUAUGCUUGGCGCGUACCAAACUUUCGUAAAGGAUUCAUGUUAUUGUUCCCCUGCAAAAGACGAAAUGCCGUCAUUCCUUUAAAGGAUCUUGACUCUCGCUCAUCUGCUGGAUUCACAAUUCAAGAUGCAAUACAGUCAAAUGAAUCUUUUGGGUCUCGGAACUCGAGAAAAAGUAAAACAGACAACUAGCAUUAGGUGGCGGGGAUUUAAUAAAGAAUAGGCAAACUUUGUCAUAUACUCUUUCUUUUUUUUAUAAGAAUUUUUUUUAUAAGAAAGUCCUACUUAUGAUUUACGAACAUGCAAAGAAAAAUUUUAGCCUUAAAAUGCUCCAAAAAUAAGAAUGGAUUGCGAUAGCAGUGAAACGACGUGUUCUCUUUACCACGGAAAUACCCCUAAAGCUAAUCCUUAAGUAUUGAUCGAAGUUGUAGUAAAAUCCUCAAAGGCAGUAUUGAAAAUACCACAGGGUCUUAUAUAAACAGAAGGAUAAAGGGAAAUAAAUUAUUCUCUAGAAGAAACAACAAGGAAA